AUGGAUAGUGGAAAGAGCAAAUGGAAGAACUAUUCAACGAUCAAGAAUUUAGUGGUUUCUUUAUCUUUUGAAAGCCUUCCUCCAAAAUCUUCAAGAAUGGAGGGUGCUACAAUCAUUUUUUUGUCGAAGAGUAAAUCAUGGCAUUGUGUUGGAUCAGAUGAAAAACCCCAGCAAAAUCAUGAUGAGUACAAAACAAGGUAUAAGAUUGCCCCUAAAGGUUGUUUUUCAGUGUAUGUUGGUCCUGCGAAACAAAGAUUUGUCAUCAAGGCAAAAUGUGCUAAUCAUCCGCUGUUCAAGAUGCUGAAUUGGAGUAUGCAUGUAGCAAUGAAGGCCCUCUUUUGCUUCCAUGUGAUAUUGAUCUUUUUUUACAAAGUUUUGGCUGAGAUGGAUAGCGGGAAAGAGGCCAUGGUUGAUGAUUCUGAUUCAUCAGCCGGUGGUGGAUUUGCAUAUGGCUCCCGCAGUCCUUUUAGUCCAUACGAACUUCUCACUCCCUCCAGAUUGCUGAACAUCAAUUAG